CACACACAAAGCAACAUGAUCCUUUACGCUUCUCCACCAAGCUCAAUCAUCUUCUCCAAACGCAAUGCGCCUCAACAAGCCACGCCAAUAAGACCAUCGCCCUCCAACUGUGCGCGCCAGAGCAGUCAAGAAGCGCCAAAUGGAGCCAAUCCGAAGCCACUAUCACCAUUCCCACGCUUGUUUUGCCACAACCAUUGUUCUUGCAUAUGCGGAAGGAGGCUUUUCAUUGAAGCAGCAGCGACUUCUCUGUUCCCUCUAAGUUCUUCAAUGGCUUCUUCUAAUUCAUCCUCUGAUUACACAACUAUAUUGAACAAAGUUCAUCCUCCUAAGCCAGAUUGGUACGAGGAUUUCUACGCGUCUGUUCUAGCUAAUGGCAUGAAAUUGUACGAAGCGGAGAUUGCAGAUUACAAGUCCCAGAUGUUUGCCACUUUAAGAGGGAAGGCCCAGAAAGUCCUGGAGAUCGGAAUUGGCGCGGGUCCUAACCUUAAAUAUUACGCUGGGGAAGAAGGUAUGAAGGUUUAUGGUGUGGAUCCAAACCCCAAGAUGGAGAAAUAUGCUCGCGAAGCAGCACAGAAUGCUGGUCUGCCAGCUGAUAACUUUGAGUUUAAACAAGCGGUCGGGGAGGCUAUACCAUUACCCGAUGCUUCUGUCGAUGUUGUCGUUGGAACACUCGUCUUAUGUUCUGUGUCGAAUGUCGACAUGACUCUAAAGGAGGUGAAGAGGGUUCUGAGACCCAAUGGACUAUACAUAUUCGUCGAACACGUGGCUGCAGAAGAAGGAACCGUGCUUCGGUUUGUACAAGACGUGCUCGAUCCCCUACAGCAGUUAGUUUCUGAUGGAUGUCACCUCACCCGGAGGACAGGGCAGAGUAUAAGUGAAGCAGGGUUUUCAAAUGUUGAUCUAAACAUGGCUUCCUUCUCUAAUGCUGCCUUCAUAAAUCCUCAAGUUUAUGGAGUUGCUCAUAGAUGACAAGAAAUGGAACACCUGUUCCCACA